UAUGAAUAGCAUGUGGGAAGAAAUAAAAAAGGAAAAUAGGAAUAUGGUCAGGCUUCACUGUGAACAGAAAAUACAAAACAUGUAUGAAUUGUCAAUAGGAAACAAAAUGAAAAGUGGUCAUUACAGCAAACCUGGCUGCUAUCAAUUAUACAGGCUAGAUAUAGAUGAAAUGACAAUUAAUUACGAGAAUGAAGUCAAAGAUUGUGAUGAACAUGAGACAAAAGUAGCACUGAGUGGCUUCAUGGAACAAGAAAAGGUAAACGAGAAAAAUGUUUUAAUGAUGGACCAGAAAAUGAUGGCAGAGGAUAGAAAACGUGAAUUUGAACGCUUGGAGAAAACAUAUAUCCAAAGGCAAAAAACCCUUAGAAAAGAAUUCGAGGACGCCUUAAAAUAUGAACAAGAACGGAACGAGAAGCACAGAAAUCAAAUGGAAAUGGAGAGAAUAGAAUACCAAAGGAAACAGGACGAAAAACUGAAUUGUAUUCAAAUAAUGCAUGAGAGGGAAAACGAUAAAUUGAGAAAUCAAAUAGCAAUUUUUGAAGCCAAUCAAUCAAUGCAGCUACAAUAUCAGCAUGCUAUGAAGGUAAUGGAAUCACUUGAAUUAGAAAAAUCGAUUGCAUUCGAUGUAAGAAAAUUACAAGAACAAAACAAAAUAGAUGCACAGAGAAGGGAUGUUGAACGCGAAGAAGAAAAUAGAAAAAAUCAAAAAAAGUUUAACGCAAUUGACAUCAAGUUAGAAAAUAUGCAAUCACGGCAAGGGAAUAAUUCAGGUUGUUUUAUUUCAUAAUUAAUGCGUACAUUUUACCACUAUAAGAUUAUGACUAUUUAAUUUGUAAGCAAUUUUCGUUUUAAAUUUAAGAAAAGUAAAUUGUGAGGUUUGAAAUGUAGAAGUUCAGGUCAAUGUUGAAUCACUGAAGACGACUUAUUCAAUUUAUUCUUUGGGGGAAACGAGUAACACACUUAAGGUAUGUAACAAUGCUGUGAUAGUUAAAGGUAACCAUUUUUUACAAGCACUUUACAACAUUACCUCUCAUAUGUUGCUACCCAUCUACUAACAAAAAUAAAGGAAGC